AUGGUCAAUGGGGCUGGUGCUAUUUUUAAUUGCAUCUACAUACUUCUGUUCCUCGUAUAUUCACCUCAAGAUCAAAAGGUUAAGACGGCACUGAUGGUGGCAGUACUGGACGUGGGUUUUCUUGGGACAGUCAUUUCAGUGACUCUUUUUGCACUUCAUGGAACAAUCCAGCUUACUUUUCUAGGAAUGUUAUGCUCCGGUUUAACUAUAAUCAUGUAUGCAUCGCCGCUAUUAGCCAUGAAAACGGUGAUAAAGACCAAGUGUGUGGAAUACAUGCCGUUUCUGCUGUCAUUUUUCAUGUUUCUGAAUGGUGGCGUGUGGGCAUUGUACGCUUUGCUCGUCAAAGAUUUCUUCAUUGGAGUACCAAAUUUGAUUGGGCUGAUAUUGGGCUCAACCCAACUGACAGUGUAUGUAAUCUACAAGAGGAAGGCAGAAUGUGAAAAUGGGCCAACAGUGGACCUGGGCCUGGUGAAAGAAAACACGGUGACUGUGAUUAAAAUGGGUGCAUACGACUACGAAGAGGCUGUGAAAGUGGACGAGAAGGCCCUCAAAAGGGUGAAAAGCCUUCCAAAGCCAUCGCUGAAUGGCGAGCACAACGUUCGAAGGAUCCUCAAGACGCUCUCUUUCGGCUCAAACACUUUUUGGACUAUUAAGCCUAAGGGAGAAGAUGUCGACGUCGAAAAUGGAGUGAACACAUAG